CACAUUAAUAAUGACAAAUACGUUUUUUAUUUUAAUUAUUGGUUAUUUUUUGCUACCUCAAAAACUGGGGUACAGAUAUUUAUUUGAGAAAAUAUUUUUUAGAGAAGAUUUAGAUAAUUUUCGCAGGGUCGCCACCUUAAAAUGAUCCCUCUCAACGACUACUUUGAUGCACAAGUCAAACUUGACAGAUGACAAAUGACAUUUAAAAAAAACAUAAACAAUGUCAGAGAAGCCAAAAGUGCAAACAUUUAUCUUAACCCAGAACGAAUUCGGCCAAAAAGUCUAUAAAUCUCAAACCGACAAGUCGAAAAGCUUUGUGAUUGACGAUGAGGGCAAUAUGGUGCCCUCUCAAGGCAUCAAUUUGGAGUCUCCGGGUGUCAUAAGUGACGAUUUCGAGGAAAUGACAACCGAUGACGAUUCGGUUCAUUUAGGAAUGAUCAGUUCGCUCGAAAGUGCGAGCGAUUUUGACGAUCAUUUGAUGCAGGAAUUGGAUUCGGAUUUGAUGAACGUCGAAGACACACAUUCGAGUCUCAUAAUGCAACAUAUGGACAUCCAGGAGCCCCUCCUCAAACUGCGACAGUUGUUGGAACAAAGACUGGGCUUGAGUCUCGCCGACUAUUCGUUUUAUUUGCAAGGGGCCCAAAUGUUGGAAAAUGAUAAAAAUCUAGUCGAGCAAUGUGUCCAAGGCCAAGGUUUGGUCCAAAUCAACGUCCAAUUACAAGCGAAUUUGAGACGAAUUAAUAUUUUGGACGUCCUCAAGCCGGCUGAGGACUACAUCCAUGUCGAUGAGUUAAAUCAAAGUGAGCGGUGCGAAGCCCCGCCCCCUAAAGCCGUCGUCCAAUGGCAAGUCGAUUUGGCGUACAAGAAAGAGCAAGACCGUUUGAAAAUCCCUCACGAUCCAAUGGAAUGGUCCCAAGUGCAUGUCCGUCAUUGGGUGCAAUGGGCCGUCCGUCAAUUUAACUUGCCCAACAUAAAACUAUCUGAUUGGUCAAUGACAGGGCGCGAAUUAUACGAUUUAAACGUCGGCGAUUUUCAAAAAAUCGUUCCAUACGAUCCUGGUGAUGUUUUUUGGACUCAUCUUGAAUUAUUGCGAAAAAUGAAAGUCGUCGCGACGAAAAAAGAAGAACGCGGGGAACCCCAGGUGAUGAAACAAAGACGAAUCGAUCGUGUGAUGAAUAAUUACGCAUCAGCGGUGACUUAUUUUGAGAAUAAGUCGGGGAAUAACGGACAGAUUCAAUUGUGGCAGUUUUUGUUAGAGUUGUUGACGAGUAAAGAGUAUAAAUCGGUGAUACAUUGGACGGGGAAUGACGGAGAAUUUAAGUUGAAGAAUCCACAAUUGGUGGCGCAGUUGUGGGGCGAGAGGAAGAACAAACCGGCGAUGAAUUAUGAAAAGUUGUCACGUGCUUUGAGGUAUUAUUAUGACGGGGAUAUGAUUUCGAAAGUUCAUGGGGAGAGAUUUGUUUAUAAAUUUGUCUGUGAUUUGAAAGAAAUGUUGGGUUAUGAUGCGAGAGAAUUGUCCAAUUUGAUCAACUAUGGAAAUCCUUUAAUUAAAUAAACGUUUUUAUUACA